AGGCCAGAGGUGGAGGAGAGUUUUCCCUCAAGUCGUUGUGGUUAACGGGGCAGCCACCUUACUCGCGUUUUUCUCAAACUGCGGACCAUGUAUCUUCACUGCCUGUGAGGUCAAAGGUUACGCGCUGUGGGGUGUAGCCGAAACGCUGUCAACGUGGUUCGUGAGAUGGUACUUCAUAUCGCUCGGGCUCCUCAUUAUUUUCACAAUCCUCUCGUGCUGGUGCAAGAUCUGUGUUCUUCUGGAAGAUCAGGGGCGCCACAACAGCGCAAGGGCACAGCUCCUCCUCAACACCCUGGUUGUCUGCUUCAACUACGCCGUAGGUUGGUUGCCGUACAUUCUGCUGGUGGGCAUUAGCGGCAGCCUGGACGGUGGCUCUUUGCGGAAGGCUUUGGAAGCGGUCUGACGGAUUUCCACUGCCACCUUCACGAUGCGUCCGUUCGAGGGGCCUUGGUCGUUCUGGUCGCGUCCUCGGCCAUUUACUUCCGCCAUGCCUACUUUGGCCUGGGCGGGCGGGCCCUAGGAGACGGCUACAUGCUGAUGGGCGGUUUGGUUCUGCCGUGGUUGAUGGCCAUAAUAACGAGGGUGUUCCUGGUGGGGCAAGAAUGGCGCCUUCCAACGGAGUCUCUGCUGAGGGAAGGAAGCAACGGGACCUUCACGAUGAGAGCAAACAUGAUAUUCUGCGAGACGCGCGUCAACAUCGGCUGGUUGAAUCACGUGAUGGCUGAGUGGCUGUUGACGCUGGUGGUAACUGGGUUGGUUGCAUUCUGGUUUCCGAAUGUCAGACGGCGUUCACAUGAUUAUUCAAAGCUCAAGCAAAGGCCCGUUGGACUUUUUGCUUCUGGUGAGUAUUACAUGGAGUCAUUGUCUGCCAUCGCUAUAAUGUGGUUCCUCACCAUCAGACCUCUCCUGGCGACCAGUAUAUUCAUUUCUUCAAACGAAAGCUGGUCUUCCUACCUGGACAUCCCUUCCCACGUCCUCGUCAUGAUGUCAGCGUCUCUCGUGCCCUUUGAGGUCGAGGACCGAUGGGCGAAGACUGUGGAGGAAGAAUCUCCUGCAGAAGGAGACGGGGAAGCGGACAAAAUGAUAUGUCUGCAUGACGAACCGGUAUGGGAGAAGAAACAAGGGAUUGCUAUAGUGAACUCGGAUGAACAUUUUUGAAAAGUGAUAAAAUGUUACGUAACUAAUAGUGAUAAAAUAUUUUGUAUGAAUACUUUUUAUUGAAAUGUGAUUUU